AAGUUAGUUUCGAAUCCAUCUGUUAGAGCGCGCAUCUGUCGCUCUUCCUUUUCGUUUCCCGUCAUCAAACAUGGGUAUCGACAUUAACCAUAAACAUGACCGCAAGGUUAGGCGCACAGAACCUAAAAGCCAAGAUGUUUAUUUGCGCCUUUUAGUGAAGCUGUAUAGAUAUUUGGCUCGUCGUACAAACUCAAAGUUUAACAGGAUCAUUUUGAAGCGUUUGUUUAUGAGUAAAAUCAACAAACCACCAAUUUCCUUAGCUAGAAUUGUACGUUUUAUGAAAAAACCAGGCCGAGAAGGUAUGACUGCAGUUGUUGUAGGCACAGUAACCGAUGAUGCCAGAAUUUGGGAUGUACCUAAUUUGACAGUGUGUGCUCUUCGUGUAACGGAAAAAGCACGUGCUAGAAUUUUAAAAGCAGGUGGAGAAAUUUUAACAUUUGACCAAUUGGCAUUACGAGCCCCUACUGGUGCCAAAACUGUCUUAAUGCAAGGAAGGAGAAACGCUCGUGAAGCUGUGAAACAUUUUGGUCCAGCUCCUGGUGUUCCACACUCGCACAGCAAACCAUUUGUACGAUCCAAGGGACGCAAAUUCGAGAGGGCACGUGGUCGCAGGCGUUCGUGCGGUUACAAGAAAUAGAUUAUUGUUUUUGUAAUUUAAUGUGCAAGCUGUAUGUUUACUGAUUUUUAUGGUAAAUAAAGAUUGUAAGGUACAGUUAAUAUUUA